CUGAACGAGACGCAAAACUUCCCUUCCACCACUCUCAACCUUGAAUACAGCAAAUAUUUCGUCAUAAUAAUGGUGGUACUGUUUUCAGGAGUUCCGAAAUAGUUAGAUCAGGCGCCCCUUGCAACACUUACCAGGCAGAUGAUGUCGUGAAACACGGUUAACAAGAUUCUCGGGUGAGAAUGGGUUUCCGAACUAGGGUUUAUAAUAUAUAACGAUGGGGUAUCAUUGCAUGACAUGCUCAUUUUCAACCUGGUGCCGCCUUCGGUGAAUUCACGGUCUAUUCGGCCAUAUCGGCCGAUAGCCAAAGUGAACCUGCUCAAGAUUGACGGACAUCUAAAUGAGCUUUUCGCGCAUCCCGGGUAGCGGACAUAGCAAAAGUCCGUAUUUCUAGUGAUAUAUAACUCCCUAUACCUUACAUUACCCUGCGGUUCAGACAUCAAACAUGCCACUAAUACCAGGCUGAGUGAACAACAGCAAUUAGCAACGUGGACAAACUUAUUGAUCAUCUCCAUUAUAUCCAAACACCGGCUCUAGAGUACCAUCAUGGCACAGCUCAAGAUCCUUAUAAGCGGCGCCGGCAUCGCCGGCAACGCGCUCGCGUACUGGUUGGCGAAGAUAGGCCACGACAUCACGGUAGUCGAGCGCUUCUCCAGCCUCCGGGACACAGGUCUCCAGCUCGACCUCCGAGGCCACGGCAUCGAAGUCAUGAAGCGCAUGAAGCUGGAAGAGGCCUUCAAAGCCAAGGUCGCUCCGGAAAAGGGCGUACAGCUCAUCGACAAGCGAGGCCGCCGGCGCGCCUUCUUCCCGGCGACGACAACCAAGGAUGGCGUGCAGAACUUCACGACGGAGUUUGAGAUCAUGAGAGGGGAUAUAUGCCGUAUCUUGUAUGAUGCUGCCGUCAAGCACGGUGCCAAGUUCAUUUUUGGAACGUCCAUCGAGAAAUACGAUGACAAGGGCAGUUCUGUGGUUGUCCGGUUGGCGAAUGGCAGGGAGGAUUCUUUCGACUUAGUGGUCGGCGCUGAGGGCCUCAACUCACGUACGCGCAAGAUGAUGCUCGGCCCUGGUGCCAAGGACGCAGCCCGCCCGCUAGACGGCGUUAUGGUCGGCUAUUUCACUAUGCACAAGCCGAUACAACAGGGAGAAGAAUUCCUCGCCACGUUCUACGUGGCACCAGGCAAUAAAGGGAUCAUGGCGCGACGGUCGCAUCCCGAGACUUUGCAGAUAUACAUCGGCGGCAAGACCCAUGCCCUCGACAACGUUGCGCGGGGCGACGUCAAGGCCGAGAAGGAGGCUUUGACGGAGUUCAUGCGCGGCGCGGGCUGGGAGACGGAGAACAUCUUGAAAGCCAUGAACACCGAUAACGACUUCUACCUCGAGCGCAUGGCGAUCGUGAAGCUGGACCGAUGGUUCAAGGGUCGUGUUGUCCUUGUUGGCGACGCUGCUUGGUGCCCUACGGCGAACACGGGCAUGGGGACUACAUCGAGCAUCGUCGGCGCCUACGUCCUGGCCGGUGAAAUCGGGCGGCACUGCGGAAAGGGGACGGCGGAGAAGUCCGACAAAUCUGACGCCGGGGCGGAUCUCGACAAGGCUCUUGCCUCUUAUGAUGCGAAGUUCCGGCCGUUUAUGGACCAGGUGCAGAAGGGGAUUGGAGAGGGUUCCGACUGGGGCAUGUCGUUCAUGUCGACUGCGUUUGGCAUCUCCUUGAUGCAUAUCUUCGUUGCCGUGCUGGCAUUUUUCCAAGUCAAUAUCGGCGCGAUGGUGUUGAAGGAGCAAGUGAAGGAUUGGAAACUCCCAGAUUACGAAGAGUUGAAUGAGGCGUAG